AUGGCUCCUGAAAUAUUAAGCGGGGUUUAUAACAAAUUUUCUAGUGAUAUUUGAAGUGCUGGAGUUAUUUUAUAUACAAUAAUCCAAGGAAAGCCUCCAUAUCAAGGAAAUAAUGCGAAGACUCUUCUCAAGGAUUAUAAAAGGCGGAUUAAUUUUGAAGAUAAUAAUUGGAUUUUAGAGUCAAGUGAGCUAAAAGAUUUACUUAGUAAAAUGCUUGAGUUUGACUGCAACAAAAGAAUUUCUGCUGAGGAUGCAUUGAAUCAUCCAUGAGUCAAAAACAAUCAAUCUUUGAUUUCUACCUCAACUAAUAAUGGAACCAUAAACAGUCCUGUAGACUUUACUUCGAAAGAUAAAUUGCGAAGGCUAUAG